AGACAAGCAAUGACAACGACGUCUCCAUGAUUGUGCUUUGGUGCACAGUUUCCGCGAUUGGUACAAGGUCUAACAACAUGACAGCAGAUCUAAGUCCAGCCCGCACUCGCUGGAUGAGGAUGUCCACGAGACAGUCUCAGAACACGAGGUCGAACGUCCCCUAGAUAUUGACAACCCCAGAACCCUUGACGAAGACUACAUUCGUAUCGCUUUACACGGUCAACCACGCAAGAUGGACUACGGUGUUUGUUGCGGUGUGUGUACCAAAUCCCUCACUCAAGAGGAUGGUCCACACUGCCCUUCAUGCGUGCGCAACAUGCUCUACGGUGUGAGACUGGAACUGGCAAGAGUGUUGAUGGAGAAAGAAGAACUGGGAAAGCAAGUUGAAGCCAUUACUGCAGAAGAAGAACCAGCCGAGGCACUCAACGAUGAACUUCAGAUCCUGCGCACUGCAUAUCACAGCCAGGUGGACAUUAGUGAACUCCAACAGAUCAUCGAUGAAACCGCAGAGAUCGAACGUCAAACUACAAUUGUCAAGAAGGAAGUGGAGUUGAAGAAAGCAAAAGUGAAGGAGAUGCGAGAAAACCUCGAUGCAAGAAAAGCCAAUCUCCUUGCAGCGAAACGAGCUGAAAAGAAGGGCCAACAACAGAAGUUGGAACAGCUGAAGGAAGCCACUGCCAAACUCAAAGCCGAUCACGAUGCUAUCCAUACCAAGGUCAUCGACGCCAAAGCGACUCUUUGUCGUGAGGCUGCUUCGUUGUUGCGCCUGCAACACAGCAAGAAGAAGACCAAGGAGGGCACGGUUAAGGAUCGUUACUUCGUUGCAGGUCUUCCUCUACCAGAUCUCAAGGACAUCAACAACAUGCGAUGCACCGAUCUUACUGCAGCCCUCGACAGCACUGCUCGUCUUGUCGUUCUAUGCGCUUUCUAUCUUGGAGUCAGAUUACCGGCCGAGAUCACUCUCCCGCAUCGCGAUUAUCCACUUCCGACGAUCAAUGCUCCUCUUACCUCUUACUUUGGAACACGUACUGCAUUUCCUGGCUCCGGAUCAAGUCUUUCAGCCCCAAGCAGCCCGAGUGCGUCUCGCGUCGAGCUCAGCUCAUUUCCUCGUCCACGUCCAUUGUACUUCGGCUCUUUCGACCACAAUGAGGUCGUCGCUCAAUUCGCCAAGAAAGAGUCACUCGCAUUCAGUUUCUUCUUGGAAGGCAUCUCUCUUCUUGCUUGGGAUAUUGCCUGGCUUUCUCGCACUCAAGGCUUCGUUCAAGGCACAGAAACAUGGGAAGAUGUCUGCGAUAUUGGUCGAAACUUGUAUCAGUUGAUCCUCGCCCCACCACAGUCAGCUGCUACGUUCCGCAUCCUCACUGAACGAGAUCUGCAAAUCCGCCAACACCGUUCCCAGAGCACCUCGACUCCUGCUACUGAUAGCAACAUGCUCGUCGGUCGACUCGGUACCGGAUCUCACACCUCGGCACAUACCUUCCUCGGCGCUGCCUCAUCUGCUGGAGACAACCCAGUUCGCUACUGGCGUUUGAACAAGCAUACCAUGGUCGGCGACCCAUUGAAGAAGCAUCUCCUCGGCGAGAUGAACAAUGCCGAGUGGGAACUCUUGGACGAGGGUGAGUGGGAUGAUGGUGGAGAGAAAAUGGACGACGCCGUCCUGAUCAAGACUCGUGCAAUGGAUGGAAAGGAUUACGACGACUCAAGAAGUAUUAUGACCGCCAACAAGGUGGCUGGUGGUGAGGAGGAUGUCAAGGCCAAGGGCACGAGCGGUUGGACCAAGGUUAAGAGCCGAGACAAGCCGUAAACAGGGCGUGUAUUAUGAUCAUGAAACGAUGACAUAGGAGGCAUAGUUGGAGUUUGGGAGCAUGCCUGGCCCAACGCGAGGCUGGAACGCGGCUUUCGGCGGCCUGUUUUUUAGUGUUUUUAGAUACCCCAGAGUCUGUGCUUUACGAGGCUGGCGCACGUCCGUGCCAAUGGCACUUGUUAUCAAGGACACCCUUCAAGUCUUCAAGUCUCCGAUUU